UGUGCAACAGUGUGAACCAUGAAAAUAAACAGCAGCCUGGCCGCUGCAUCGAGAGAAUGUGUUAAAAUCGUGGUUUCUGAAUGGGUGAGGAGCAGAUGCGACAAACACAUUACCUUACUUCCUCAUCUGCUCUGCUAUCGUCGACUUCUGCGUUGCUGUUCAGAGGUAUGUUUUCUCACUAGGAAUCAUGGCGAUGAACACCACAGUCGGAAAUAUCACCAGCCCCGCGGUGACAAGCAACCCAACUUCUGUAUCCACCUUGGCCUCGGAACACUUCACCAAGCCCUUCAGAGUCACCCUGAUCAUCAUUUACACUGCAGUCCUUCUGGUUGGCAUCACAGGCUUAACUGUCAUGAUCAGCUUGUUAAAAACCAACAUUCGCUCGCUAACCACCAUCGCCUUCUUGAAUUUGAUGGUCGCACACUUUCUUUUCCUGUUUACUGUGCCGUUCAGAAUCUACUACUACGCAUCCAAAGAGUGGCACCUGGGUCAGGGAUUCUGUAAACUGGUCAGUGCCAUGGUUCAUAUCCACAUAUACAUGGUGUUUACCAUCUACUCCAUCCUUCUCACGGUUCGUUUCCUGCAUUUUUACAAGAAAACGCAGCGGACCGAGUUCUAUAGGAGGCUGCAUGGCCUGGGUGCAAGCGCUCUGGUGUGGUUCAUCCUGUUACUCAUCAUGGUACCCGUCGUGCUGAUACAAUACGGAAAUAAAGGCAUGCCAGAAAACGAGUGCUUCAAAUUUGGAGUUGAAAUGGAAAAAGGCUCUGUCUACACCCUGAACUUGGUUCUAUCCAUCUUUAUUAUCACGGUGUCGUGUCUUCAGACCUGCAUCCAGGUGAUCAUCCUGCGCUCGAUGAUACUCAAGUACGGCCCUGCCAGCAGCUCCCAGCAGGAGUUUUGGGUCCAAAUAAAAAACCUCAGCUUUGUACUCAUCAUGCUCACCUGCCUGGUACCAUACCACCUUUUCAGGCUACAAUACAUGAAAAACCAUAAAAACCUUCAUCAGAUAAACGAAGUGUUUCUGGCCAUCACUGGGCUUACGUGUUUCGACAUGCUGACGUUCACUGGGAAGAACAUAUGUAAAGUGUGCUGGACCUGAUUCAUUUAAACGAAUAAACAUGGAACAUAGACAUCAUUUUCCACAUCACUACCCAUAAAUCAGGGUCUGCAGAAACCGUUUUAGCAGGACACAAUUGUUAUAAUUAUAAGGUGAAGGUAAAUUGUGACCCAUGAUUCUGAAAGCUUUUGAAUGUUCUUGGGGAAAAAACGGUCUGUGUUUUGUUUUGGAUCAUGUAAAUUCCAGUAGGCCUAUCAUGGUAGACUAUACUUUGAAGUAACAGUGUUUCUACAGAAGGCAAAGGUAUGAUUAUAAUGAUUGUACUGAUAAUGGUUAUCAUGGUAUUCAAAUAUUUCGGAUGAUUUGAAAUGACGUUUGCUUUGAUAUGCUUCUGUGGUGAUAGAAAAUCAAAAUACAUUUUAUUUACAAGGGUUAAUUUUACAGCGAACAUUUGCCAGCUAUCAUAUUUACACAUAAUAAUUGAACUAACCUGAAAGCAGCUAAGUGAAAUUAAGGCCUACGUUCUCAAAACUUUGGUGAAUCUUUUGACAAGGGUAUCAAGUUUAUUAAUAAACGUUCUUCCAGUAACGUUA